AAUCUCUCUCAAAGUUCCUAGCAAUCCAAAAAAGCUCUCUCUCUCUCUCAUGGCAAUUAAGAAUAUAGAGACUCUAGUUUUGGGGAGAGUAAUAGGAGAUGUUGUUGAUUCAUUCACUCCCACACUAAAAAUGACAAUAACUUACAACAAUAAACAAGUUUACAGUGGCCAAGAGCUCCUCCCUUCUGCAGUCAUUGCUAGACCUCGGGUUGAGGUCCAAGGAUCUGAUUUGAGAACUUUCUUCACUUUGGUCAUGACAGACCCUGAUGUUCCUGGCCCUAGUGAUCCGAACCUAAGAGAACACCUUCACUGGAUAGUAACUGAUAUUCCAGGAACAACAGAUGCCACUUUCGGAAAAGAGUUGGUUAGCUAUGAGAUGCCAAGGCCUAAUAGUGGAAUACAUAGGUUUGUGUUUGUUCUCUUUAAGCAAAAAUGCAGACAAUCAGUAGUUAGCCCAUCACCGGCUGCUUCAAGGGAUCACUUCAACACUCGCAACUUUGCCAACGUUAACGAUCUCGGUCCGCCUGUCACCGCCAUCUUCUUCAAUGCACAACGAGAAACAGCCGCCAGGAAACGCUAACGCAGUUUGCUUAAGUCUGUCCCUAAUAAGUUUGAUGUAAACAUCCGAUGUAUGACUUAUAUAUUUUAUUUUGUUCGGUGGUAUAUGACUAGUAGAGCCAUCAAUGGCAUAUGCAGGAUGUUUUGUAAGCGGUAUCAAUGUUUAAGA